AUCGAAAAAGUGGUGUCAUUGAAAGAAAAUGAGAAACUCGAUUUUCAUAUUGGCACAUUUCUAUGCCCUGCAUAGUAUGGUGACUUUUAUCCAAGGAGUAGGCUGGUCUGCGUGGUUAAAUCGAGAUCAGCCUAGUGGUAAGGGUGAUUAUGAGUUAACAGCUGAUUUUAGAAAAGCAGGCAGGCUACCAUGCGAGAGCCCAACAGCAAUAGAAUGUAGAACAGUAAUAGACCAGAUUCCUUCUUCUGAAAUUGAUCAAGUGUUCCCUACAUCAUACAACUGUACUUUACAAGGUGGAUUAGGAUGCAUCAACACCCAACAGAAAACGGGUAGCUGUUACGAUUAUGAAGUGAGAUAUUACUGUCCAGAGGAUGUCCAUGGUUGUACUGAGCCAGAAUCACAUGUACAAGAGCUCCCUCGUGGAUGCAACCCUAAAAGCUAUAAUGUGAAAAAAUGCAGUGGAAACCCGUGCAGGAUCCAACCGCUUAAAAGGCAAAUAGCUGGACAAACAGAAUACUGUUGUGGUCCAACUUCACAAAAGACAGUCGUCGUGCGAUGUGAAAAUGAUAUAAGCAUCAAUGUUAUGGUGACGGAAAAAUGCGGCUGUAUUGUUUGUAACCAAGCUAAAGACCCAGUAACAGGGAAAGUGUCUACUCAAGAUACGUCGGUGGUUUUUUAUGGAAGAGCAUUUGGAGUUGACGAUAAUGCACCACUGACCUUUGGCGAGGUAUUACUGGGAAGUGUUUUACAAACAUAUACUGGAUUUACUGGUAACUUUCAUUUCAAAGUACCAAAGGGACAGACGCGAAUUGUUGUGACUGUUAGGCCGAGUCUAUGGUUUCGGCAAAAUCUCAUACCAACAACAAAGGCGUUUCAAGUACCCACAGGUCAUAUUGGGGCAUUUUACAGAAACAUUCCAAUGAUGACAAAACCUAAGCCAAUACAGAUUGACACAACAGAAACUAAUAGACUUACAGUUGCAACAUUAAAGGCUUCAAGUGAUCCGUUCAUUCAGAUUUCAAUUCCAUCAGGCCAGUUUGUAGACAGCAAAGGAGCAAGUUUUACUGGCAAAAUCAAUGCUUUUAUAAACUUUGUUGACCCGAGAGAUCUUUCAUCAAUUAAUACGAUGCCAGGAGACCUAACCUUUGAGGAUGAAGAUGGUGAUACAGGACCCCUGCAGACUUCAGGGAUGUUUCGGUUGGGUUUUGAAAAAUUAGACGGAACUGAGGUAAAAUUGAGAGGCAGUAUUGAUGCAGCGAUCGGCGCAGAAUUUAUUGACCAAACCCAGAUUCCCCCUGUACAGGUAUACACCUUGAAUGAGGCAUCUGGUCGAUGGGGAAAUCCGACUCCACUUGAACAGGGAACAGGUAGACAAAGGCGUUCUAAAGCAUCAUUUCCCAGUACUUUCUUAGUAGGGAAUGCAGUAAUAACUGACAAGUACUGGAUAAACUUUGACCGUCCGUAUUUGAAUUUCUGUUUUAUAAACUUGAGAAUGUAUACAGAUGCGACAUUCACCACAGAGAUACCAUGGACAUCUUCUACUGACUUGACAGUAAUUGCACUGGGUUCAAGGCCUGGCUCUGAUCCAUCUUGGGACAUGAUUACAACUGGAGGAAUGUCGUUCGAGGGAAAAUCGCAAGUUAGGUCCACAAAAAAUUGUAUCUUGACUGUGUGUGGAGCAACAAAUAUCCACGCCUACUUGUUUGCUGAAAACGAAAAUGGUGCAUUUUCAUCCUCAUCUACACUAGGAGGGAGUCCUCCAACGUACCCUGUUGUUAAUUACAUACCAGCAUUUACUGGCACUGGCCCUACAACUACACACAAUAGACCAAUCGAGACUAAUGCUACUCUAGGUGCCCCUUCUUCGAACACCAAUGGACCAGUCUACCAUAGCAUAAACAACCUUUGCGAGAGCCCAGCAUAUUGUAGCGGUAGUUGCCCAAAUCCUGCAAACCCAAGGUGUUUCUUGUGUCACUCCGUUAAAUGUCAGUACCACGGGUGGUGGUCAUCAGUGCGAUGCCAAGAGGCAACACCUUGGGAUCCCCAUUAUAGGUUUUAUAGAGAUCCAAAUACAUUGUAUGAGUACUCAGUUUGUUUGACGGCACAGCCAAUCAUAGGAAUUGCACCUGUUUGUCCUGGUACACCAGCACUUUGGCCAUUGGCCUGGUUUCCCCAAGCGCCGCAGUAUUGGGCGUGGUACAUAAAGGUGAGAGUGUUAGUAGGCAGUUCCGCAGAUGAAUCCUCAGUCAGAGCAACGUCAAAAGAUAGCGGCACCGGGGACAUAUAUGGCAUACGUGAGGAUACGACUUCAAGUAGGACAGUGUGCCUGGAGUUUAAAGGAAGUGGCCCUAAACUUCCAUCAGGUACUGCAACUACUCUCGUUGAAAUUGAUGUUCAAGGCACCGGAUGUAGCAUAAGCAGUGUCCUUCCUGCUCUUGCCAGUUUCCAAGAUACAUCAAGCUCACAUUUGUUUGCAUUUAAACCUUCCUUGGGAUCGAGCUUUGGAGGAAUUUCUACUGGGUUAUACUUUGCUGAUGAACCUGCUAUGAUAACCGCUAAGGGCGUGGCAAAGGCAAGAUGUGAAUGCAGUGACAUAUCGUUAGGAAUUCCAAGCUGUGCUGUCCCUUUACCAACUUCAGGAGUUGGAUUAACAGUGCAGUGUAAGCCAACGCCAACUGGAUAAAGGAGCAGCAUCAAUUCAUUUGUGUAACAUUGAACUAAUAAAAAGUGACACUAGAUAUACAGCCCUCGAAUCUUAAUACUAGCUAUAUUAUAGCAUUGUUUUCCUAAUCGAGCACUUAAUUUACACAAAAUCCAUAAUUGAGCAUACUAUACUUUAAAACACAAAUGUAUAUUGACAUAAAAAGCAAAAUGUAUCCAAAAUGACUGAAUAUGGACAUGAACUAUAUGAGGCAGUAUUUAUUUACUCAAGAGGUAAACUAUGCUUAUUCAGAACUGA